GUGUAAACUAGUAGUAUGGCUCCAAAAUGGCGCUCAUGCGAAGACCUUCUUUCCCCUUCCGUCGUUUAUCAACAGACCUUGCUACCGAUAAUGAUUUGUAAUGAUGACUCGCUAAAGAGUGAGGCUCGAGCGUCAAGAAUGGAAUACACAAGGCAAGUACUAUCAGCGAUACUCAUCCUGUCGGUGUUGCAUUGCACAACGUCAACGUAUUUCGGAGAUGUGUUCGCGCAGCAGGCCGAUGAGCCUUCCAAAAUCGGUUGGCUCUUCUCCGAUAGUUUUCGAACCAAAAGAAUUCAGAGAGCUGUGCUUUACGAACGUAAGAGAGAAUCCGAGGACGAUGGGUCAUUAAAGAUUAUCAACGGCCAGUGUCGCGAUAAAUUAAAUCGCCUUUGUGGGGAUAUUGAUGGGAACAACGAUGAGCUUAUGCUGCUCGAGUGUAUUCAGACUUUCAAGCCUACUGAGAUAUCUGGGAUCAAUCAGAAGUGUCAGGAAGCAAUUUGGUCCUAUAUCAAGAACAUUACAGAUAAUCAAAACAUAGAAAGGCUAGCCAGAAAAUCAUGUGGCACAGAAUUGGAUACUCUAAAGUGCAAGAAUUCUGACAUAAAUCAUGGGGCUUAUUUGUCUUGCUUGAUUGACAAGCGAGAGAUGGUCAGUGAUCCUGACUGUAUCACUUACAUUCAGAGAUUGGAGUGGAUUGCUUUCAGUGACUUCAGACUUCUGACUCCCUUUAAGACAGAUUGUGCAAGUGAUAUUAGAGAUUUUAAGUGUGACAGUUUACAGCCAUACAGAGAUAUAUCGCAAGGUCAGAUAUUAGCCUGUCUGCAAGAACAUGUUGAGCAACUGCGACAUGAGUGCAAGAGGCUUAUUCUUCAUGUGUCCGAGAUUCAAGCUGAAAACAUUAAAUUGGAUCGUCAGCUCUACAUGGCAUGUAGUCAUGAUCGUAUUAAAUUCUGUCCUAACAUUAGACCAGGCAGUGGUCAAGUCUAUAAGUGUUUAAUGAAAUAUAAAACUGAUAGAUCCAUGAGUGCACAAUGUCAAGAGCAGUUGACGAGAAGAGAGAAGCUCAUUGCUUCUGAUUAUAAAAUAAGUAAGGGUCUAGUUAAAGCGUGUAAGGAAGAUAUUAGAAAUAAUCACUGCAGGCGAUCCGUAUCUGAAGACAAAGAUAUCAAGCUAGCACAAAUCUUGCUCUGUUUGGAAUCUGCCAUGAAAAAUGGCAGUAAAAUCGAUGGGAAUUGUCAAUCUGAAAUGUUUGAUCAUAGGAAAUUGCUAAUGGAAGAUUACAGACUGUCACCAGAGAUUGUGCAUAAAUGUGCCAAUGAUAUUACGAGUUUUUGCAAUAGUCUUGAGGUCGGCGGCGCCACGAUACACUGUUUGAUGGAGCAUACAAGAACGAGGAAGAGGAAAUUGAGAGUUGCACCGGAAUGCCAAAGAGCGUUGGAAGAAUUAAUUAUGGAAGCUGAUGCUGGUGAAGAUUGGAGAAUUGAUCCAGUUUUAAGAGAACAAUGUCAACCUGUAGUUAAUUUAGCUUGUAGAGACGUGCAUGGUGGAGAUGCCAGAGUGAUAUCUUGUUUAAUGGAACAACUAGGAACAGAGAGGAUGACUGAGGCCUGUGAAACAGCCUUAGUGCAAAUACAAUACUUUAUCGCCAGAGACUUCAAACUUGAUCCGCAAUUGUACAGAGCAUGUAAAUUUGAUGCCAUGCGGUUAUGUCAUGCAAGAAAUGCGUGGGCCGGCAACGGCAAACAGAUGGAUCCUGAAACUGGGCCUCUGGUACUGCCAUGUUUGUAUCGACACGUGUAUCAGAAAAAUAUGACGUUAAGAGCGGACUGCUUGGAAGAAAUUAGAAGAGUUAUGAGGCAGCGUGCUAUGAAUGUCGACUUGCAACCCGAGAUAGAAGAAGUGUGCUUCAAUGAACUAGCGUCAUUCUGUUAUGAUAAAACUGCGAAAGGGGAAGAAAUUUUAUGCUUGCAGGACAAUUUAGAGAAUUUGAAAGAAAAAUGCAAGUUUGCAGUUGGAAAUUUUACUGAGGAACAGGCUGAGCGUGUGGAGUUGAAUCCCAUAAUUUCUUCUGCGUGUCAACAUAUUAUGGAACGUCACUGUGAGGAGGUAUUAAAAUAUGGAAAAGAUGAAGGAGACAUGAUGGAAUGUCUUAUCGAGCACAAAAACGAACUGGAUGCACGCACCGAUUACAAAUGUAAAACAGCCGUGGAACAUUUCCAACUAAUAUCAUUAAAAAACUAUCAUUUUACGUAUAAAUUCAAGGAGGCAUGCAGGCCUUACGUUAAGAGAUGGUGUCCUAAAUCGAAAACGAAAGCCGAUGUAAUAGAAUGCUUAAGUUCAAUUGUGCAGGAAGAUAUAAUGAAGGACUCUCAGCAUCGUGUAAUGAAGGAUUGCAGGCAACAGCUGCGAGCGCAACUUUAUCAGCAACGAGAAAAUAUCAACUUUGAUCCUGUUCUGCAAGCGACCUGUGCAGUUGAUAUCAAACAAUUGUGUUUUAAUGUAGAACGAGGCAAUUCACAAGUAUUAGAAUGCUUGGCAUCGCACAAGUCUAAACUAUCAGAUAUGUGUCAUAAACAGCUGUUCAAAGUAAGGAAACAGGAGUUUCAAGACAGUUCCAGUGAUGUUCCUUUGUUGAGUAUCUGUCGAGCCAUGAUCAAACAAUACUGCCACGAUGUGAGCAAAUCACAAACUUUGGAUUGCCUUAAAAAAUACAAAGACGAAAUCACAUUCGAUGAUAAGUGUAAAAACAUUGUGAUUCGAAGAAUGAUCGAACAGAAUACGGAUUAUAGAUUUAACACUGCGCUGCAAAAUGCGUGUGGCUCUGAUAUCGAUAGGCAUUGCAAAGAGGUAUUAAUACAUGAACGUACUGAUAAAGAACUUGAAGGAAAAGUAAUUAAAUGUUUGAAAAUCAGAUUUCGAGAAUCGAAGCUGAUGACUAAAUGCGAGCACCAAAUGGCUAAUAUUCUAAGAGAAGCUGCAUUAAAUUAUCAUUUAAAUCCUUUAUUAGCAACGAUGUGUGCGCACGAGAUUGAAACUAUAUGUCGGUCAGAUGAAAACGAGCCUGGUGCCGUCGAAGAGUGUCUGAAAAGGAAAUUUAAUGCUGGAAAUCGAGAUAUGAGGGAGGAAUGCCGUUUGGAAGUUGCAGAUCUGAUAGAGCAAACUAAGGCUGACAUCAACGUGGAUCCCUUGUUACAAAAAGCAUGUGCCGUAGAUAUUAGUAAAUAUUGCAGUGCUGUACCUCAAGGUGCAGGAAGACAUAUAAUGUGCUUGCAAAAUGCGUUGCAAGACAGCAAUAAGUCUUUGCAACCUGAUUGCUACAAGAUGUUAACUACAAGAAUGGAAAUGUUUAAAAAUGCUGCCAAGUUGAUUGCGCCAAAUACAUUUGAGGAGUUAUAUUCAACGGUGAAUCGUUCCCCAGCGCGACGUUACUUUAUGAUCGUUGGUUUUACCAUGAUCGGGGUGAUCUUCAUCGUUGGUAUGUUCUGUGGCCGAGUGACCAGGCGGACGAUGAUUAUGAAGAACAAGUGAUGACACAGCCGGAGCCCGUCCACUAGUGAAAUGACUUUUGUGAGAUUAGUUGAAGGAUUACAAACUUUAUAUAAACUUUAACACGUGCGUUGACUUGGUCGACGACAUGGUUCAGUGCAAGUUUAUGAUAAAAAAAGAAACAUCGGUCUUUUUAUACCUUCGUUUAUCGAAGUUUUUAAAGUGCGAAUCUUUGUAUUAAUAAUCGGGAAAAGGCUACGAGAUUUUUGACGUGCAUAUUAAGUACACGCAAUAUUAUGCGAAACGAAGAUUGUAAACGUUUAAGAAUAUACGAGUAUUCGAAGAUUGGACAGCGGAAGAGAUUUAAAUAUUUAGACAUAAUAUAUAUAUUAUACAAUAUAUAUUAUAUUGUAACAUUAUGAUUCCAAAAAUACAGGGUGUUCUCCAGAAUUUGCAACAAGCUUCAAGAGCUUAUCUCUUUAUAUUCAAGAAGAACGCUCUUAAGUUUGUUACAAGAAGUAAUGAAAGGAACUAUGUUAUUUGAUAUUACGGCUUUAUAUUACGUAGAUCGAGAUUACUGCGAAAGAUAUAUAAUUUUGAGGAUCUAUUUUUAACGAUUCUUUUUUUUCUUAAGUGUAUAAUACUAUUUUAUCUUUAUCUGCGAGAAAUUAGUUUAAAAACAAAAGAAAUAAUAAACAUUGAAAUAAAAUAACCAGCGAAUUUAUUCGCCUUUGUUCAUAGGACGCAAUUUUAACGAAAUAAAGAGAGAACAACAAAAUGCCAAAAAUUGUUGGAAAUAUAUGCUGCCCAUGAGCUGAAUAUGUGUACUGUCGUUGCUCUGAGUCUAAUUUAGAAGCUCAUAUGCGGAGAGAGAGAAAAAGAGAGAAAGAGAGAGAGAGGGGGGGGAGAGAGAGAGAGAGAGAGAGAGAGAGAGAGAGAGAGAGAGAGAGAGAGAGAGAGAGAGAGAGAGAGAGAGAGAGAGAGAGAGAGAGAGGUGUCGAAAAUAAGAGCACUAGUUAUUUGAAGUACCAAGUAUUCUGUCUCUCUUUCCCUCCUUCUCAGGGGAUUUCGAUCAAUCUUCGCGACGCAAUUGCGAAGAGAGCGAGAGAGCACGUCCAAAGGUUCAUCACGAUGUCGAUUCUCGAAUAACCGGUAUGAGAAGCGACCGUGUAACGAUUAUUCCUGAGGGACCCUCGAGGUCAUUCUGUGAGAACGACUUCGCAUACGAGUGUGCAAGAGUAAAAUGUGGAUGAGAGAAGGACACGUUUUUGUGAUUCUUCUUUGCUCUCUGUACCUUGCGUUUGUGAUACGAUUCAUACGGAGGCGAACAAAAAUAUGUUUUAAGUUGAUUUAAAUCCAAAUAGAUGUAUGCUCAAUGGGUACAAGUUAAUCCGAGUCUUCCCUCUUUAAGCCUCAGUUCCUCGUUUGUAACUUUAAUAUGACCGAUACGCGCACGUAUAUAUCUUUGUCGUGCGCAUGACGGCUCCUAUGUAAAUAUAUAUAAGAAUUAUAAAUUUUUAUUUGUUUUGUGAAAUAUACGUAUGUGUGUAUGUGUGUGAUGAGAUUUAUCACAAUUCGGAUUAUCUUUUCUAGAUAAAUGAAUUACUUUAAUCGUAAUUUUAAAUAAAUAACUUAAAAAAAAAUUA